GCUCUUCUCUCCUGUUCACAGUACAGUAGGCGUGUAUCGUGUUUGGUGAGGUUAGACGCCAAUACCAGGCUGAAGUUUUUGAAGACCGUUCCAGUCUAUUUGAAUGCCUUGAGAGGAUUCAAUCUGCAUAAAAUCUUGUGGAUAACAUGGCAGAAGCUACCAGCAGUAGUGGCUGUGAGUCCUGCAGUGUGUUGAACUGGGAUCAGGUGAGUCGUCUGAACGAGGUCCUUACCGAGGCUGUACCGGUUCACGGUCGAGGGAACUUCCCCACCUUGGAGGUGCGUCUGAAAGACAUUGUGCAGAUGGUCCGAAAUCAGCUGGAGCAUAGAGGAAUAAAAGUCAAAGAUGUUCGCUUGAAUGGCUCCACUGCCAGCCACGUGCUGGUGCAGGACAAUGGGUGGAGUUACAAGGACCUGGAUGUCAUUUUCAGGGUUGACCUCCCUCAUGAAGCAGAGUUUCAGAUCAUCAAGGAUGUGGUUUUAGGCACCCUCUUGGACUUUCUGCCAGAAGGGGUGAACAAGGAGAAGAUCACCCCCAUGACCCUGAAAGAGGCUUAUGUGCAGAAACUGGUGAAGGUCUACACAGAUUCGGACAGGUGGAGCCUGAUCUCUCUCUCGAACAACAACGGCCGCAACGUGGAGCUGAAGUUCGUGGACUCCAUCCGCCGGCAGUUCGAGUUCAGCGUGGACUCGUUCCAGAUCAUCCUGGACACUCUGCUCUCCUACUACGAGGUUUCCGAAAACCCCAUGACCCAGCACUUCCACCCCACCGUGGUCGGGGAGAGCGUGUACGGGGACUUCGGCGCGUCCCUCGACCACCUCAAGAACAAACUGAUCGCCACCAAGAGGCCGGAGGAGAUCCGCGGCGGCGGCCUGCUGAAGUACUGCAACCUCCUGGUGAGGGACUUCAAGCCCACGGACGAGGAGGAGUUCAAGGCCCUGGAGCGCUACAUGUGCUCGCGCUUCUUCAUCGACUUCCCCGACAUCCGCGAGCAGCAGCGGAAGCUGGAGUCCUACCUCCAGAGCCACUUCAUCGGCGAGGAGAACAGCAAGUACGACUACCUCAUGAUCCUGCGCCGGGUGGUCAACGAGAGUACGGUGUGCCUGAUGGGACACGAGAGGCGGCAGACGCUCAGCCUCAUCUCGCUGACGGCCUUCAGGGUGCUGGCGGAGCAGAACGCCAUUCCAGACGCCUCCAGUGUCACCUGCUAUUACCAACCAGCCCCGUACGUCAGAGACCCCAAUUUCAGUAACUACUACGUGGCCUCAUGCAACCAGUCAAUUCCAACAUGGCUGCCUUGUAACUGAUGGACGAAACUGAAAGGUCACUGACUCAGAAUGGCAGAUAAGUCUUAUCUGGCUCUGUAGGUUUAAAGGAUCUGUUUAAAAAGGACAAGCAUUUACCCCCCCCCCCCCCCCACCUCAUUCCUUCUCUACAGAGGUGACAAGAAUAUUGGAGGACCCAAAGUGACUUUUUUCUUUUCUUUUUUUAAGUGUUAUUUGUUUUCUGCAUUUCUUUGACGUAAUUUGUCUUCUCAGGUUGUAAAAGGUUUUUUUUUGCAAAUCUGAAUGUGAAGAGUAAUUUAAUGUCCAAACAAAAAAGAUAUCUUGGUGACACCCCCCCCCCCGAUAAGAAAAAGAGAGAGAGAAAAAAAGGGGGUAAAGGAUAUGAGUUGUACUCUCGUUGCAGGAGUCCUAUGACUUGGAUUGAUUUUGUGUGUCAUGAAAUGAAAACUGGGAUGAAAAGAAUGAUUAAAAAAAAGAUGGAAAAAAGUGAAAUAUCAGAGGAUUUCCCAGGUGGUGUUUGUGCUCCACGAGAAAAGGAAAAAAAAUUUGUUUGUUUGGGUGGACAUUGUAUGUGAUCUAGCCUAUAUUUAGAAUUAUUUUGGUUGGUAAGGUGACUCAACAUUACCUUUCUAUCAAGCCCCCAAAAAGAUUUAAAGUGGAAAGAAACCUCUAUUUAAAAAAAUAAAAAUAAAAAAAAAUAAAAAGACACAAAAAAAAUCAAAUUAAAAGUUUCUUGUAAAUUAAAAAAAAAAAAAUUUUUCCCCCCCAGUGGGAUUUGUGUAGAUGUGUUGCGCUCCGAACGUAAGCUUUGCUCGGCGGGGGUUAGCCCUACAGUAGCGUGUAGGACGGACCGGUCGCUGUGUCGGGCUGGCUCUGCGGGGGUCUGACCGGUCUCUUUACCUUAAAAGGAUCUCCGCGGAUCCCCGGGGAAUCGCCCGCCGGUCUUUUUAGCGCCGCCGUCUGCUGAAAUGGGAUGCCGGUCCGGUGAAGGCCAGCCAAUGGCCGCCGCCGUGAUCUAUAAUUAUCCUCGGAGGUAGUGAGGUAUGAGCGUGGUUGGCACGGCGACCGCCCUGCCUGUGUGUGUGUGAGGCUGACUCAUUCCCUGUGCGUACGUAUGCACGCACGCGUGGGGGGGGGGCUUUUCCCUUCGCUUAAUUUGGGCAGAGGAGUCUAGUUUGCGAGUUUGUGUAAGUGUAAAAAUAGGCUGAAAGUAGAUUAUCUGUCCAAUCUGUCGGAGUCUGAUUUGCGAAAGCACAGUGUAGAUCUGCAUAGUCACUGCGGUUUAUUUUUUUCUUUUUUUUUUUUUGGUAAGGCUUAAACUUCACGGACUGUGACUCUGCCCUGCUGACGUCGGCGCUGCUGCGCCGCGACUGGGCCAGAGCCGCGUACCUUCCCUCUUAAACUUCUCCUGACCCAGAGAUUUUUAAGAGGGCGCCUGGUUUCCUCGGCAGAACGGUAACACCUUUUUAAAUGGCAGUCCGGAGUCGAGGGGCUGUCUGAUUGGAUGUGGCUUCCGCGUGGCGUUAGCUUCAGUUGGAGGAAUAUCGGUUUCCCUUUAGCCCCCUGCUGAGCCUGUGGCUGUGGCCCGCGGUUCACGUUUACCAGCACGGGGAUGGUUCAGCCUGUACAAACGUGCUGUGUGCAUGAUAGCACAGGCCUCCCCUUAUCUGUGCUCCACUUGGGGCGGGGCGUGACCAAGCCUUUUUUAAACAUGAGAUAGUUUGAUGGACAGGGUCACUGUAGCCCCUCUGUUGGAGUUGGGCAUGCCCCUGGGUCAGCUUGCCCAGGUUUGAAGCUUUUGUGUGUGUGUGUGUGUGUGCAUAUGUGCGUGUGUGUGUGUGUGUGUGUUGGAACACACGUGCGUGCGUGUCCAUGUGUGCUGUCCCUGUGUGUGUGUGUGUGUGCUUGUGUGUGUGUCUCAUGGGGCUGUUGGGAAAUUUAGUGUUGACCAAAGUCUAUGUUCUAGUGAUGAAGCAGGAAAUAAAGGGAAAAGUUAAAAAAAAAAUAAAGUGCCUUAAUCUUGUGCUGGUUGUAUAUGGGAGGGUGCAGAUAAAGAUUUUUUUAAAGUGUUAUGUAAGAAAGUUGUUUCUCUUUCUUUUUCUUUCCCCCCCGCCUUCCUGCAAUUCCUUGCACGUUUCAGGAACGACGUUUAUGAGAGACAACGUUUGCAUUAAGUUAAAUAUCAGAUGCAAUUACCCACAUAACUGGAUUGAGGUUUGAGUGAUUUUGAAUAUGGAUCUGGUUCAAGCAAAUGCACGGCGUGCGUGUGGGUGCGUUUGCGCGGUGCCAGCGCUGCUCCUCCGGCGCUGGCUCCACCGGCCGGGCCCUUCUUGUUCCGCAGGCCGUGAGCGCCCCCCCCCCCCCCUCUUCAUGUCCCCCUCCUCGCGUCUCCUCCUCGCGUCUCCUCCUCGUGUGUCCGACUUGUGUGGUUUUUCACGUGUGAUAAAGGGCUGCGUGAAUGCUGCUUUGUGUUCUCUUUGUUUUGUUUUGUUUUUUUCUUAUUGCUAAAGCCAAAAAGUCUCGAGAUGCAAAGGUGGACAAAAAAGUUUAAUUAAAAAAAAAAAAAGAAAAGAAAAAACCGCCCUGAAGUGGAGUAAUGAAGAGCCAGACUCUCAAAGCACUUUAAAAAAAAAUGCUGUGUGCAGCUCCCCACCCAGAGAGCUCUGAAUGUAGAAGUCCCUGCAGCUAGUGAGGCAGGAGGAGGAGGGGGGGAGGGGGGCGAGGGGGCGGGUGGCCAGAGGACAACACCUCAGGGAGAUACUUUUGUGUUUAAUGCAGGGCUAUCGCCCACCGACCCCUCUUUUUUGUUUGUUUGUUUUUUGGGAUUAUCUAUUUACGGUGAAUGAGUUUUGGACUUUGAGGUAUGAAUUAAUCUCCCCCCAUCUCUGGAUUAGUGACUGUUUGAAACCCCCCCCCCCACCCCCUUUUGUUCUGGAGGGUUUCCUGCAAGAGACUUGUGUCUGUUGCAGAAACUUGAGCAUACUUCAGCAUCGUAGACCAAGUCGGUCCAAGUCCAAAUAAGGUUUCUCUGGCUUCUGGGGAAAGGAGGCGUCUCCUCUGUUUGCACAGUAAUGGGAAAUGACAAGCCCGUCUUGUCGAGAUGCACUUAAGCCAACGAUGCUUGGCUCUAUCACUUCUAAAGGGGUCGUCUACAUUUUGACAAUAAAGGUCUUGCGUUAGUGAUUUUCUUGCAAAAAAUGAUUUUAAGUUUUGUGUAAAAGGCACGCUGUACACUGUCUUAUGGCUUAAAUGUUUUCGUUUUUUUUCUUCCUGAAAUGUGGGAAUUCCAUAUGAAACUGAGUGUGAAUUUUGCCCCCCCCCCCCCCACCCCCCCACCAUGUUUAAUAAGUGUGCUUUUUUCCUCUGUGCCUACCUUGCUUUAAGCCUAGCAUCUGAGUGUAAGGAGCCUCAGCAGCCGUAGAUUGUUUGCGGUAAGGGGAGGUAGGGUGCGGUUUGUGUUAUUUUGCAAAUCUUACACAUGGGAUAAGUAUUAGGAAACCUGUUGUGACAUUUUUUUUUUCUUUUUUUCUUCUCCUUUUUUGCACUUUUGCAUAGGUUUUUUUUUGGAGUCAUAGGUGGGCUGUGUGCAUUUGGUGUAUGUAUUUGUGGGGUUGCCUUUGUGCAUUCUAAAUUGAGUGCCAGAUAGAAAUGGAGGUAUAUGAAAUUCUCACAAUUCCAUACAAUAGUUAAUGCAAAGCAGUGCCUGCCUUUGCUUUAUUAUGCUCAUUUGCAGUUUUUUUUCUUUUUAUUUUUUUUUUAAAGCACUUUUCCACUCACUUCAGUUUUCCCUGGAUGGAAAUGUACUUCGGGAAGUGUAUGAACAGAGAAUAAAUGAAUAAAGUAUUUGAACUCGC